AUGAUUAUUGGAAUGAUCGAAGUUUAUAAAGAAGUUAGUGCUUUAAAUAGCCUUAUUUUUGAAGAAAGAGAAUUUCUCACUACCCUCCAGCUUUAAAAAUGAGCUAAACAAAUUAGAAAAAUCUCUAUUAGGGAAAUAACACUGCUUUAGAAAAAGGGAAAAAUUUUUUAAAUCUUUUUUGACAUAUAUAACUUAAAUUCUUAUAUUGAGACCGCUAGCUUAUUCUAUUAUAUUUUAGAUAGCUUGCAUUCUUAAACAUAGACUUAUAAAUUAAACGAAAAAAUUUAGCUUAUUCUUAAAGGGGAGAUUAGGAUUAGUAUUGUUAGAGACAGACGUUAGCCAUAUUGUUGAUACAGUCACCAAAUAUCUCCCACAGAGAAGGUUCAUCAGCUUUUUGACAAAAUGCUCAGUCUGUCUAGAUGCAAUUGGUAUAGUUGUUUUCUGCUUACCUCGAAGCUACAGUUUUGAAAGGGUGGCUUAUAGAUUUUGGGACCCCAAGACAGCGAUUGGGAGUAACCCUGAUUUCAGGGAUUAGGUCCUUGGAGUCUAUUGGCUCCAGAGUGCCUUUCUUUGACAGCUAUAGGAAAAAAACUGUUUCUAUAUGGUCAGGGCCAAUCUCCUGGCUUCUCGCUUGAGAAUGCUGAGGCAUCAGAAGGACAUUGCUGUGGUAUAUUCAUAUAUACCAUGGGAACGCAGCCAAAACCUACCCAGAUACACGUUUUGCUGAAGUUACAGUAUUUCUCGGCUUGGAGUCCGUUCCACUUCAUGGCGGCCUUAAUUUCGGACUGUUGUGUGAAGAGGGCAGGCUGACAUAUGCUGGCAUUUUAUUGUAUAUCCUCUUAAAAGGGGGGAAUUAGAAUGCUAAUUAUAUUAUCUGAUUGUAUAAACUCUAUGCGUUUUUAUAUAGCAAUUUGCAUUUCAUAUGCAAACAUAAUUCAAAUUUGCAAAAAAAUUAUUACAUGAGUAAAAUAUGCUACAUGCAAUAUCAAAUAUAGAAUAUCGGAUAUAUUCUCCAAUAAAUCAACUUGCUUAGGGCAAUAUAAAUAA